UUACUCAGUUUUUGCGACUUUGAGACGUUGAGUACGCUACUUUAAUAUGCUAGUAGGUUUUCUAAAACGACAAUAGCAACAACAACUUUAAACAGAAGUGAUAACUCGAAUACAAACCUUGAAAAAAUUAUUAAAGAUUGCAAAAAAUGAGAUUAUUUUUCUCUUUUUUUCAAACAAUGGCAAUAAUUUUGGCCAGUCAGGCGGUGGAUUUUCAGAAGUGCAUAACUAAAAUGACAAAUGGAUGUAGCAUACCAUUGAACUUACCUUUCCCAUACAAAGAUAUCUUUUUACCAGCUUGUGAAAGACAUGAUAUCUGUUACGAAUGCGGAAAGAUGUACAACUGGACCAGAAAUCAGUGCGAUGUUUCAUUCCAAAAAAAUAUGUUGACUUUGUGCCAGCUUAAAGAAGAUUUCAAAAAUGGGAAACAAACUUACAAUGUAUCAAUCUGGGAAAAAUUAAAAAGUGUGUUUUAUAUUGCUUCACAGCUAUUUAAAUGGAUUAGUAUUAAAUCAGGUACCCUUGAUCAUUGUAAUCACGGUGCAAAAGUGUACUAUUCAUCUGUAGAUAAAUUUGCUCAUCCUAAUUAUGGGUCAGGUGAUCCCAUUCUUUGUCAACUGCAGUGUGCAAACCUAUUGGGAAAUCCUAAAAAUUUAAUUUAACGUUGUUAAACUCAAUAUAUAAAUGAAAAUAUAUUUUAAAAAAUG